AUGUAUGCAUUUGUCCUUUAUCUCCUUGUCACAAAAUUGAAGUCAAACGUCAAAAGAAAACCAAAGGCAUGCUUCUGUGUUUCACGACACUGAAUACUGAUAUGAUGUUUCAUUGUAUAGUGAUGAUAUCCAAUCAAAUCACGUCAAUGACUCCAUCAAAGCCAACGGAAAAGAGGCCAAGGUAAGAGGUUUGAAUAAAACGCGGAUGCGGACACGUCAAUUGCGUACAAACGGACUGAAGGAUAGAUGACGGACGGACGAACCGAUGUUGUCAUGAAAACCUGAUAUUGGUCGAAAUGAUGAAAUUGGUUUAACAGAGCCGUCUUAAAGUCUUUCCCUGCAUGCAUUAAUCUCAAAUUAAUCUUAAAUCAAUUGUAAUAGAUUUAAGUAAUAGAUGUACCAGCUUAUAAAGUUCAGUGCGUUAAAAACUUAGUGAGGAGUUGUUUACAUAAUAUUUUUAACAUUACAGGAUUCUAAUGGAACUGGAUCUGUUGGUAGCUUGGCUUUGAUGGGGGUGAGUAUUUGUUUUUCUGACUUUGUAUCGCUCGUACGUAUAUAUUAAGAGGAGAAUCUUUUGUAUGUUACGUAACACGCGCUCAAAACUAAUCAAUAUACUUUUCCACUUCGUUAUGAUUAUAUAUAUCUUGAUAUGUUUUUCAAGCGGCAAACAAACUACAAAAGUAUGUUUAGUGCUUUAUCUGUAAAAUAAUGCUAAAAUGAAGAGAUUUUAGAUGGUACGCCAAAGAGAAAAUGAUGUCUGAAGUUCAGCAAGUUUUGCUUAUAUUGCUGUAUAAAUAUGGCGUCAAUUUUCCAGCAUGAAUGAUAAUACACCCUUUCGAUAAUUACGUCACACGUACUUUUUGGCCUUGGAGCCUCGCUCUCAUUGGUAAAUUGCGCAAGGUGAUUGGGUCACAAGAGCGAGGCUCCCAAGCCAAAUGACGUAAUUGUCGAAAGGGUGUAUUGUAUUUAAAUUGACAAUAUUCAACUAUUAUUUUGUGUUUCUCAAUCGCCAGAUACAUUUAAAAAGGUGUGUAAACUACAAAAUAAAGCUGAAGCAAAGUAAUUUUGAAGGGAAAUUUUGUAUUGGUAGCCGUUGCCGUCCUAAAAUCGUAAGGUCUCUAUUGUGUCCGUAGGUAUACUUGUGUAAUUUUGUAUGUUUAUUGUUGCUAUUGUAGUAUCAGACUGCGGAUGAUGAUGUCAUAUACAAAGAAGGUUUACUUUAUCGAAAGUUAGUCGAAGAUACUGGUGGCAAGAAAGGUAUGCAGCAUCUCUCUGUCUUCUGCUACACGCGUAAUAAGGUGAUAAGGUCUGCUUAAUAAGGUCUGCUACACGCGUAAUAAGGUUUACUUUAUCGAAAGUUAGUCGAAGAUACUGGUGGCAAGAAAGGUAUGCAGCAUCUCUCUGUCUUCUGCUACACGCGUAAUAAAAACGCGCAAGUUGGUACAGAUCUGCAAACAAGUCCCACCGUGGUCAGGCAAACUUUUCAGCUUGCCCGGUGUGGAUGCACACUCAGAGUAGCAUCACAAACAUCAUAUUCACUUGAAUACAUAACACCAACAUACACAAAUAAGGUUGUUAUCAAGCCAAAUUUAGGAUGUGUUCGCACUGCCUGUUCUCUGUUGUUGUGACUAGUCUGGAACAAGUUGUUAUCACCUUGUCACAAGGUUGAUGACGGUAACAGACUUGCUACAUGUUGUUCCAACAAGACUAACACAGGCUGUUCGUAAUAAGUUUCUACGAGCUUGUUGUCAUCAACUUGUUAACAACGUGUUUUCGUGCAGACGAUAUCAGACUGUUGGAACAACUUGUUGCGAGUCUGUUGGCCUCAUCAAUCUUGUUACAAGAUGAUAACAACUUGUUCCAGACUUGUCAACAACUGCGAACACAUUUUGUUGGCAAGCUGUGAGACAUUUACGUGUGCAGUUACCAUUAAACGUAAACUUAAACUAAAAUAAACUACCUGUAUACCCAUUGUUCGUCAAGAAUGUUUUGUUCUUAUAAUUUUAUUAGCAUCGGCUUGGAAACGAAGUUGGCAGCCAUUCUUCGCCACCUUACGUGGAAUGAUUAUGUACUUACAUAAGGUAUUUCUAGAAUGAUUUGUUUUGCCAUGUUAGGAUUUUGAGAAUAUAGAGAUUCCUCAUAAUGUCGUGUGAAGAUUCGUUCCUGUUUCACUUCACCAAACACAGCACUUUUUCUACCUGCUCUGAUUUGUUGUUGCACUGUACUGGAUCAAUAAGAGAUGAUUCUUACUGGACCUCUAGGAAGAACAGUUUAGAACUGAUAGAGCUAUCCGGUAUAAAUAAAGUUAGUUUAGUUUAGGUUUCCUCUUGUAGAAACACUGGAUCAAUAAGAGAUGAUCAUUACUGGACCUCUAGGAAGAACAGUUUAGAACUGAUAGAGCUAUCCAGUAUAAAUAAAGUUAGAUUAGUUUUGGUUUCCUCCUGUAGUAACACUGGAUCAACAAGAGAUCAUCCUUCCUGGACCUCUAGGAAGACCAUUUUAGAACCAAUAGAUCUCAUUUCUCCAGUUUUAAAUAAGUUUGGUUUAGUUCAAUUUAAGCCAAUAUGGGUAAUUUGAUAGGCCAACAUGCUAAAUUUAAAAUGGCUAAACAACGUUGUUUCUAUUACAGCCAGAUGAGUCUCGCAACUUCGACGACACACGGUUUUCUCUUGGUGUUCAUCAUGCGUUUGCCAGUCCAGCUUUUGAUUACAAGAAGAAAUCUUUUGUGUUCAGAUUUAUUACCGCCGACUGGAAGGUUUUGCUCUUUCAAGCCAGGUAUGUAGACAAUGGUUUGUAAAGACUUUCACCCUGGCACAAUAGCUCAAAAGUAGGGUGCUUGAUACAAAACAACCAAGGUGUUUUUCUCAUUUCUGAUGCUACUUUGAGCGUUUCCACGCGAGAGAACAGGAAGACGAAAACAGACUUUUAAUGUGGUUAGGUGUGAAACUGAAAAGGGAAGGACUUCCUUUCGGUAUAGAGUUCCUAUGCAUGGAUCCAACUCGAUAAUGAUACUAAGGCUAUAGUAAUAAGAACAGAUUUAAAGCUAAACUUAGAAACAGUGCAAACUUUAUGAAUGAAUGACCUGGAAGAUAUUAGUUAGUCGUGAUCAAAGAGUGUGAGCUAGGUGAGUCAGGAGUAUGGGCAGUAGCAGUCAGGUGGAAGGAAGUCUUGUGUAGGUAUGAUUUAAAGGUGGAUAGAGUGUCGUAGCAGUUGGAAGGAGCAGAUUUACAUAUACAUAGUUUCACAGUUUUACAAUACUAACGAAGUAAGAACUUUGAAAAGUAUUUGGUUUACAAGCAUGCGUUCUUAAAAGGCCAGAGGUGCCCACGCAAUCCCUUCUGUUCUCUGUCGUUCUGUUAUGCUGGUCCGAUUGCAUCAUAUUUGAAAACACUGAUGAUUUUGUUUAGGGAUAAAGCUGAUAUGAAUGGUUGGGUUGAAGGAUUAAAUCUCGUCGCAGCCUCAUUUUCAUCACCGCCACUCCCUGCUCCUGUUGGAUCUCAGUAAGUAUACCAGUUCACAGAGCUUACAUAAGGCGCAUGCGCUCAGUGCAGAAGUCAUGGAACAGGAACGUACUUUAAUAAGUUAAAAGUAAGGAUUAAAUUAGUAAAAAUACUUUGUGAAGUCCGUGUAUUAUAUAGUAUACAUACGUGGCUUCACCCAAUCAUAGGCCUUUACCAUAGGAGUUAUCGUUUCAGUUUACUUAUAUUUCGAUGUUGUAGGCGAACACUCUGUGAGAUUAAUGGGUGACCAUUAACGCAAAACUCAUUAGAUUUAUUCUUUGUUUCCAGUAAAAGAUUCCAGAAACCAGUUCUUCCAUUUUCAAGAACCAGACUAACGUUG